CCAAUCAAACCAAUUCUAUCUCCUCAUCAUCGCACCUUUCAUCCAUUUCAAGCAAUCUCACUCUGUUCUCUCUGUUUUUCUGAAUGACUCUCUUCUUUGCGAUUCUUCUACAAUUCUCCUCCGUUUCCAAUCAUGUAAAAAGCAGCCUCCCCACCAUUUCAUUCUCUUCAAGUUCGUCUCUCUCUCACUCAUAAUUGCAACAAUUUUUUUUUGUUCUUUCACUUUUGCUGUUGCUUUGGGGACCAUGACACAGAUCCUUCACUCCAAGCUCCCCUGCAAAGAUGAGGAGACAGAUUUUGAUUCCUCUGCAAGCUCCUUUGGGCAAAAUGAUGGGUUUGUCUCUGAAGAAGAUGAGGAUUUCGUGAACCCAAAGUCCCCUUUUAUAGUUUCUCGCUCGAGUUGGGGUGGGGACGUAGGCCCUGGUUGCUUUGAGGGAAGCGUAAGGGAUCGAAAGGAAGAGAGAAACAGGGAUCAGUUUCCUGUGUUGGACAUUCUUGUGGCUGCUUUGAGGAAAUCACUGAUAACUUGCAGUGUAGAUAGAGAGGAUAUUUGCUCAAUGGAUAUAAGUUGGCCUACUAAUGUGAGGCAUAUUGCACACGUUACGUUCGAUCGAUUCAAUGGAUUUCUUGGUUUGCCGAGGGAAUUCGAGCCCGAACUUCCCAAAAGGGUCCCAAGUGCCAGUGCAAGUGUAUUUGGUGUUUCUCCAGAGUCUAUGCAAUGUUCAUAUGAUGCUAGAGGGAACAGUGUGCCAACAAUACUUUUAUUGAUACAGAGGCGCUUGUAUUCACAGGGUGGACUUCAAGCAGAAGGCAUAUUUAGAAUUAAUGCGGAGAAUGGCCAGGAGGAUUAUGUCAGGAACCAGUUAAGCAAAGGAAUUGUACCACAUGGCAUUGAUUUACAUUGUCUAGCAGGACUAAUAAAGGCAUGGUUUAGAGAACUACCUUCAGGCGUACUGGACUCUUUGACACCUGAGCAGGUGAUGCACUGCAACACAGAGGCAGAGUGUCUUCAGCUUGUGCAUAGCCUGCCUCCCACUGAGGGGGCACUGCUCAAUUGGGCGAUCAACUUGAUGGCCGAUGUUGUGCAGCAUGAACACCAGAACAAGAUGAAUGCUCGCAAUAUCGCUAUGGUGUUUGCUCCCAAUAUGACACAGAUGGCAGAUCCCUUAACUGCAUUGAUCCAUGCAGUUCAAGUGAUGAACUUUCUUAAGAUGUUGAUUGUGAUGACUCUGCGUGAGAGAGAUGAGACAGCCAGAGACCCCAAAUUGUGUAGCUUGUGCUCAGACUCUCCAAAUACUGAAGGCCAUAGCUGUGUCCAAAAUGGAUCUUCAUUGGGCAAGUUCUUGCAAGUAAAGCACAGUAGAUCAUCCAGUGCUAGAGAGGAUAGUUUCCGGAGUUUUCAAGAGCAAGAUGAGGUUGAUGGGGAAGAGGAGUUUGUGCGCAGUGGGAGUUCUCCUGUGGAGGGUAAAGUGGGAAGCACGGAGCGUGGGUCAUUAGAUGGGUUUACUGGUGGUGAUAUUGAGGGCCUAUUUGACAGGAUGAGCUUGAGGAAAGGAGUGAAGAAGCUUUGCAGGCACCCUGUAUUUCAAUUGGGUAAAUUAUCAAAGAAGCCGCGAGAAGUCCAGAUUGUAAAUUCCAGGAUAGAAGGCGAAGAAGUGUGGGCUGCAUGAGUUCUUCAAACUUGGCAAAUGGUUUCUAACUGAUGAUAUUUUUUUUAAUAAAUUUUUAUUUUCUAGUUUGUUAGCAGUGUGGUUGCUUAGUUUUGUUGUAUCGUUAUCCGUCUUUGUAUAAAUUGGGUUUUUUGAGCUUCAAACCCAUGUAGAGUUAGUGGCUUGUGAUAGUUUUCUUUUGUAAAGGUAGAAGAAAAUGAGGGAUUGCUCCAAUGGGUCCAAGGCUCUUGGACCAACUUGAACCAAAUGGGGCCAGCUUAUUCUACUGGGCCCGGCCUGGUCCCUAGACUUA